UGCUUUACUCCAGCGUCAGUCCGAACCCUCGCAGCGCGUGUGUCACGAUGGAGGAGAAACUGGAUUUAAUCAGCAAAUGCAUCAGAACUUUCCCAGAUUUCCCUACGAAAGGGAUUCCGUUCAAGGAUAUUUUCCCGAUCCUGAAGGACCCGAAGGCUCUGACUGCAGUGAUGGAUCUGUUUGAGGAACACGUGAGGAACUCUUACUCUCAGCUGGACCUGAUAGUCGGACUGGACGCUCGAGGGUUCCUGUUCGGGCCGCUGCUGGCUCAGAGACUGGGACUGGGAUUCGCUCCGAUCCGGAAGAAAGGGAAACUCCCCGGCCCGACGCUGUCAGUGGCGUACAGUCUCGAGUACGCACAGGCCGAGGCCGAGAUGCAGGAAGACGCCGUUUCUGAAGGACAGAAGAUCCUGAUCAUCGACGACUUACUGGCAACUGGAGGAACGCUGUGCGCGGCGUGUGAGCUGAUCCGACAGCAGAGAGCCGAGGUGUUGGGAUGUUUGGUGCUCGUCGAACUCAAAGAUCUCAACGGAUCCGACAAGCUGAAGCCGACGCCGGUCUUCUCUCUAAUACAGUACUGACGUGUGUG